AUGGCCCCCAAGAAAAUCUGUGUGGUGGGCUCUGGAAACUGGGGCUCUGCAAUUGCCAAAAUAGUGGGGGCCAAUGCUGCCAAGUACGACACAUUCGACACCACAGUGAACAUGUGGGUGUUUGAGGAGACAAUAAACGGACAAAAACUCACAGAGAUCAUCAACACAGACCAUGAAAACGUCAAGUAUCUCCCCGGACACAAGCUCCCGCCCAAUGUGGUGGCAGUCCCAGAUCUGGCAGAGUCUGUGAAAGGAGCAGACAUAAUCAUUUUUGUGGUACCGCAUCAGUUCAUCAUCAGAGUCUGUGACACAAUCAAAGAUCACAUCAAGAAGGACGCAGUGGGCAUGUCUCUCAUUAAGGGCGUGGAUGCCAGUCCCGACGGUCUGAAGCUGAUCUCAGAGGUAAUCCGAGCCAAACUGGGCAUCACCAUGACCGUGCUGAUGGGGGCCAACAUCGCCAACGAGGUCGCUGACGAGAAGUUUUGCGAGACCACUAUUGGUUGCAAGGACAAAUCUUUGGGGCCAGUUUUGAAGGAACUGAUGCAAACGACAAACUUUCGAGUCACAGUGGUGGAGGAGAGUGAUGUGGUGGAGAUCUGUGGAGCACUAAAGAACAUUGUAGCGGUGGGAGCAGGCUUUUGCGACGGUCUUGGCUUCGGAGACAACACAAAAGCCGCAGUGAUCCGUCUGGGGCUGAUGGAAAUGAUCGCCUUCGCCAAAGUCUUCUGCACAAACUGCCCCGUGUCCCCUGCCACCUUUCUGGAGAGCUGCGGCGUGGCGGACCUCAUCACCACCUGCUACGGAGGCAGGAACCGCAAGAUCGGGGAAGCCUUUGCCAAAACAGGGAAAACAAUUGAAGAGUUGGAAAACGAGUUACUGAAUGGACAAAAACUCCAAGGUCCUGCCACAGCCGCCGAGGUCAACCAGGUCCUGGUUCAGAAGAACAUGGUUCAAAAGUCGUUUGAGAGUACUCCUCUACAAUCUGCACCUGGGAGUUGUCAAUAA